AUGCCCAAGCGCAUCCGCCGGAAGCGCCCCGAGUCGUUGAGCUUUUGGGAUUUCCCGGCCUUGCUGCAGUUGUUAGACUCCCUGGACAUCAAGCGGAGCCACGGCCGCCCGUUGCUGCGGGCCUUGGCGGCCAAAGUCACCGAGCCCACGGCCGGAAGCGGAAGCGGAGCGUUGAGCUGGGAGGAGCUCGGUGUGACAGAGCAGCUGCUGUUCGAUUUGGGACUUCCGAGAAAGGCCUCCGAAGUGCUCACCAGGACGCGGCCCUUCAGCAACAAGUUGAGUACGGCCCUGACCUCUGCAGACCAAUCCACCUGUAAGAUGGUCAUCGAGCUUUGGGAUGGCCACAAGGUGGAAUCCGUGGUGAUGCGCCAUGAGGAUCGCACCACCAUUUGCGUCUCCUCGCAGGUGGGGUGCCAGAUGGGCUGUACGUUCUGCGCGACGGGUACCCUUCCAGUGGUUGGAGAUUUAGAUGCCGGGGAGAUCGUGGAGCAGCUGUUGAUGGCACAGCGCUUAGAAGCUCAGCAGGGCUUGGCCCCGGUGCGGAACGCGGUCUUCAUGGGCAUGGGAGAGCCAUUGAACAACUACGAUGCCGUGGUGAGCGCGGUGAAGACCAUGACGGAUCUCGGUCAGCUGGGCUCGUUGGCGUUGCCGCAAAGCCGUGUGACCAUCUCCACGGUGGGAGUGGCUCCACGUAUGAGGCAGCUAGUCCAGGAUUUGCCGGGACUGAGCCUGGCCUUGUCCCUACAUGCACCCACUCAGGAGCUCCGGGAGCGGAUCGUCCCCUCGGCGAAGCAUUUGCCGCUGGAGGAGCUGCUUUUGGCGCUGGAUCUGCACCUGGAGCAGAAGACAGCCCGAACCAUGAUUGAAUACGUCCUCCUUGCCGGAGAGAACGACAGCGAUGAGAAUGCCGCCCAGCUGGGGAAGCUGCUGGCGACCCGCGCGCGGAAGCUCAUGGUGAACCUCAUCCCGUACAACCCCACGGCGGCGGCCUUCCCGGGCGGCUUCUCCGCGCCCACGCACGAACGAGUGGAGCGCUUUCAGCAGAUCUUGGCGCACUUCGGCCUCAUGACCCGCGUGCGCCGGGAGAUGGGGCAGGACAUCGCAGGCGCCUGCGGACAGCAGCGUGGCCGGAGAGCGAGGGAGGGACGCGAAGAGAUCCGAAGGCUUGCGCUCAAGGAGCUGGGUUGGAAGCAAUGGCUGGGUGAACCAUGCGGUGUUUAUGCUGAGCUCAUCAUAUACUACCUCGACUUCAUCAACGAUGUCUAUCAGAUGUACACCUUCAUCGCCAACCAGGACUACCUCUUUGCCUUGGUCAUUGCCAUCUACGUUGGUGCCUCCACCUUGCGUUACCUCUACGUCCCCCACCACGAGGCUCUCGAAAGCGUGAGGCGAGGACGCCCCACCAGGGCGUGGAGAAGGAUUUUGUCUGCAGAGGCACAGAUUGAAGCCCCCGGCACCGGACUGGUGGCGCCCUAUGCCUUUUGCUUGACAGCGAACAUGACACCAUUGACCCUGUGCAGCGCUUUGUAUGGCCUGUAUUCCUCUAGCAAGCACAUUGGCUUUGGACGAAUGCAUUGGGAGCUCUGGGGCUGGGUGAUGGAAUUCCGAGCGGUACGGAAGUCCAGUUCAUGGACUCCGAUGCUCAUUUGGUACUUUUUGGCCUCCAUGUCCGAGCUGUGCACCUUUGCCAUCGUCAGCCGCACCUUCCAUCCACUCUUCACCUUGUUAUGCUAUGUCCUGGCUGCCGGCAUCAAUGCCAUGAGCGUGGCUAUGCGCCACAGCUGCAAGCAUGCAAUGGAUUGUUUCUUGCAAUCCCUUCGAUAUCCUUCGUGUGUGUUCUUUGGAUGCCACACGAACACCUGGUCCGUGGCCAUUGAGAGUGCAUUGCAGAAUCAGACGUUCGUUGUGGCACCAUACUUGGGGCCUGGUUUGCCCGCUGCGCUUUUUGUCAUGUUGCGUUUGUAUUUGUGGGUUGUUUUUUGCUUUGCUCUUUCUUUGCCACAUGGGAUUUGUUCUUGGCACCUGACAAUUGCACGACCAAUGGGGUGGCCAGUACUACAUGACGAGUUUAUUCUUCCUUUGGAGUCCAUGGCACGUGUAGUCCAAUCAUGCGUUUUGGAAGAGGACUGCAAUGGAGAGGAAAAUGGGCUGAACCCAGCAUGCAUUUGGAAGGGCCUGCUUCUGGCAUUGGCUGCUUUGACACUACCUGUUCGAUUCAUUGGAACGUUGUUGUACGUCAUCUCCUGGUUCGACUACGAAGAAGAACUUGACCUGGCACAGCAGUUGAUCCAAAAAUCGGAUGAGGCUGAAUCCUGGGCCGAGGAGCAGGCAAAACUGCAUAAGGAUAAGGAUUGUUUAGAGCUCUUGUUCUUAGUCCGAACCCCAGACGUGGAGGAUUCCGAACAAGACUUGUGUGGUUUGUUGAGCAUGCAAUCCGAUGUGACGGAGAUCAGUUCAGACUCAAGAAGCGACGGCCCCAAGCCUUGA